AUGUUUCGCACGACUAAUAAACACAGGUAUCAAAGGAGUCUCCUGCAACGUCCAGUAUUGACACAAAGCGUAACGACAACGUGUCUAUUUGUUGUCGGAGAUGGGCUGGCACAGCAUGGUGUUGAACGAAAGAGCCUUUUCAGCCAUGAUAUGACUCGCACAGUGCGGAUGGCUCUUUAUGGUGGUGUGGUAUUCGGUCCUGUUGCGACCAAAUGGUUCCUUUUUUUGCAAAACCGCAUCUCUUUGAGCACUCCAUUCAGGACAUUGGCGGCCCGCGUAACAACCGACCAACUGGUUUGUGCUCCCACAAUGAUCGGCGUUUUCUUGUCUAGUAUGUCUUUGCUCGAGGGAAACAAUCCUAGGGAGAAGCUGCAACGCAUGUACUGGGAGGCACUUCGCACCAACUGGACCAUUUGGCCCAUUCUGCAGGGAGUGAACCUGUACCUGGUGCCUGUACAAUUUCGGGUUCUCACUGUUAAUUUUCUGAACAUAGGGUGGAACUGCUUUCUGAGCUUUUUGAAUAAUGCAUAG